AUGACCUCCGAGACCGACGCGCUCUUUCCCAUCUUGACUCUGGAGUCCGUACUUGCCUUCCAAUUUUCCGCGUGGUAUCCGCGAUUCUCCAGCCUGAGCAUCAAGUCCACCGUCAUCAGGCCCUUGACCCAGGAGUUCCGCGACUACCUGGACUCGGACGGCGUGUUCGUUCCCGAAGGUGCAGAGGACCUGCCUGCCGGGAGCACACUCUCGGACGAUGAAGGUGACCACGGAGACGACGACGACGACGAUGAGGACGAGCGUCGGCGGUUCGCCUUCCCGGACUUGGACGCCCGGAUCCGUGACGCCGUAUCGCAGUACGGCGCGGUGUUCCCCAAACUUAACUUCUCAUCUCCCAGAGAUGCAGCAUGGAUGCUCCCCGCGUCCGCUCCGCUGAAAUGCACGUGUCCUGCCGACGUCUAUCUGCUUCUCAAAUCGUCAGACUUCGUGCAACAUGAUCUCGACGGGGAGCUCAUUUUUGAUGGCUGCGAAGCACGCGUGUCUAUGGACGACACGACCGUCGCUUCACCUCCCGAAUAUGAGCUGGAGCUUGUGCUGCGGAAGUGGUAUCCCGUUGACCGUAGCCGAGAACUGCGAUGUUUCGUACGAGACGAACGUCUGUUAGGGAUCUCUCAACGCGAUCCUAACUACUACGACUUCUGGAACGAACCGGAAACAAAAGACAAAGUGCUCCACGCAGUGAAGAGUUACUGGGAAUCCCACAUCAAAGGAAAAUGGGGCGAGUCGAACGGAGAUUAUGUCUUCGACUUCCUGCUCACGCGCGACCUAUCCCGUGGGCACAUCCUCGAUUUCAAUCCCUACGCCCCGCGCACAGAUCCGCUACUGUUCACGUACAACGAGCUGCUCGCGCUAUUCCAGGCUCACGGAACCCAUCCGGAGCUGCGGGUUGUCGACUCGCCGAACCAUCCUGCAGCGAUACGCAACGCACCUGCGCACCAAAACAAUAUGGUGCCGUUGGAGGCGCUUGCGAUGAGCAGCGGGAGGAAUGCGGCGGAGUUCGCGGAUUUGCUGCAGGAGGAAAUUCAAAAAUCAAUGCAAGGUGGAGACGAAUGA